GGGUGCCACCAGCUCACAUUCAUUUCGAGUAUCAGAUUAAAAUCGACGGACUUUACAAUUAUUACUAUCGAUGUCAAAGUAUCAAUGUAUCCAAUACUAUCGAUGUUUGGAAAACAUCGAUAUUUUUUGGUCAUCCCAUUUGAUAGAACGAUUGGCGCGUAUAUUUUGAUUUUGUAACUAUGGACGAGGAUGUUAAAAGUAUAAGAAAUAGGGAAAAAUGUAAGCGAUACCGAGAGCGUAAACGUUUACGCGAAAUCGAAGGUAUAUCUAGUGAGUUACCCACGACAUUGCGGUUAACGAGAAGUGAACGAAAUAGGCGGUACCGUGAGCGUUUGAAGAUUCGGAAACUUGAAAAUUCUGAUGUUGACCCAAAGAACAGUAGUAGUAGUAGUGAGCGGCAUACUUCUGCUGAGCGUGAACUAGAUAAAAGUGGAGUGGUACAAGUUAUUAAUGACAGUGAGGCGGUACAGGAGAUGCUCAUGAGUUUUCGAGUAUCAGAGUUGCAAAUGUUAUUAGGUUUCGCCGGUAGAAAUAAAUCAGGAAGGAAGACGGAAUUACAAGAGAGGGCUUUGGAAUUAUUGAGAGUCAGAUCGCACCCUAUCCAUCAGAAAAUCAAGGACUUGUUUGCGACGAUACAGUUGCAAACUUCCUCCAUACCUCAAGCCAGCUCUCCAGUCACUCCCGAACAACAAGCAGCUCAAGCCGCAGGCAUGCCUCAACCACCAGGAAGGAACACAGCUACAGUGCAUCCUUAUAGUGUUGACACUAGAACAUUAACUAGACAAGCAGCUGCUGUUUAUAACCAACAAACUUUGGGCCAAAAUAUGUACUAUCCACAACAAUACUCUAACCCUAAGCAAAAUUCCGUGUUAAGUAGCAAUUUUCCUAUACAUCCUGAUGUUAGAUUUAAAAAGUUACCUUUCUACGAUAUUACCGCUGAUCUCAUUAAACCUUCAAGUCUUCUUCCGACCACUAAUCAAAGGAUGCAGGAACAACCGUUUUAUUUCCAUUUAACGCCGCAACAAGCCACAGAUAUAGCUAUUUCUAGAGACACUCGACCCGGAGUUAAGUGUGAUUACCUAAAACAAGUCCAGUUGAGAUUCUGUCUUUUGGAAACCACUUGUGAGCAGGAAGACUGUUUUCCACCUCAAGUUAUUGUAAAAGUCAAUAACAAAUUAUGUCCGCUACCAAAUCCCAUUCCAACAAAUAAACAAGGAGUAGAACCGAAACGACCGCCACGUCCUGUUAACAUAACACAAAUGAUUAAGUUAAGUCCAACCGUAGCCAAUCAAUUGACGAUAUCGUGGGCUGCGGAUUAUGGGCGCGGAUACGCCAUGACAGUGACUUUGGUCACAAAACUCACUUCUUCGGAUUUGUUGCAAAGGUUACAAAAAAAAGGGGCCAAACAUGCAGACCAUACACGAGCAUUAAUUAAGGAAAAAUUGACUGACGAUGGAGAUGUGGAAAUAGCCACCACAAGCCUCCGAGUGUCUCUGAUGUGUCCGCUAGGCAAAAUGCGCAUGACGACGCCUUGUCGUCCGCAAAGCUGCGCUCACCUGCAAUGUUUCGAUGCCUCUUUGUUUUUGCAAAUGAACGAACGUAAACCCACUUGGAAUUGCCCCGUAUGCGAUAAACCCGCCUUGUACGACAAUUUGGUUAUCGACGGGUACUUCCAAGAAGUCUUGAGCUCCACGCAGUUACCUCAGGAUUGUAAAGAGAUCCAGUUGUUGAAGGAUGGGAGUUGGAGCAGUCAUAGCAAUGAAAAGAAGCCUGAAAAAGUUUUUGUUAGCGCCCCCAAGAGUAUUCCUAUUGAUGAUUCUGUUGAGAUAAUUGAAGAUAAUGUUGAAUUCGUGAGUUCGAAUGCAGCGGCCACAUCCUCUACAGACAAACCAAAAGUAGGCGAAGUAAGAAAAAAGGAAGUCGUAGAUCUGACACUUUCGGACUCCGAUGACGAGCCUUUAGCCAAAAGACCCGCACCAGAUUCCACCAUCAAAUUGAAUAAUGAAACCAGCAACAUUUCUUCGACGAGCGGCAAUCAGCAACGUAGCACGACAACUCCGGGUCCCUCGUCGGUUUCCAGUUCCGGGUACCCAGUAAGUCCGGGCGUGAUCAAUUUGGACAGUCCUUCGCCGCCCAGAACGCCGCCUCAAACACAGAGUGUGGUGACGUCACACGCCAGCAACGGUACCACUACCAACAGCACGGCGACUAGCGGUUUUUUGCCACCGCCCAGCAUGCCUUUCAUCAAUUUGGAAAACGAGGCGAGUGCCGGUUUAAGUAUUAAUUUCGAUCCACCAAGUUAUUAAGUGAGAAAAUGUUUUUAAUUUAUUUUUUUGUUUGAAGACUUUAUUAUUUAUUCUAGGGCUUUUAUGAACUUAUCAUUGAUAAAGACAUGUAAAAAUGAAUGGUUUUGAUAGAGUCACAGCUGAGUUGCUACUACUAGCAGUUUGGCAUUAUUAAAAAAAAACAUUGACAUUGUGGUCCUUUUUCAUAAAUAAUGUAAACAGUAUGAAUUCAGUGUCUUCAGGCUGGCUCUAUUAACCAGAUUUUUUGUUGUUUUCCUAAUUAUAUGUGCACAUUUUUUACAAAAACUAUUUUAACAAUAUUUGUUGAAAAUGGACUUUAAAAAUGUUUGAUUGAUACUACUUCAAAAUAGUUUUUUUGUGUAUUUCCCACUAUUUCCCAUUUGAAUAUAAUCCAAAUUACUUGGACAUUCAAUUUGGGUUAAAUUCGAAUGUGUUUGAGUGAGAAUUAGAUUAAAUACAGGAUACAAAAAUUCUCAUUUGAAAGCAUUUAAUUAAAAAAUGAAAUAUUUUUGCUGUGAAAAUUUCAAGAAAUGAAAUACAGGGAAAUUAUUGAUGAAUGUCAAACAAUUACCAAUGCAUUUCUUAUAAAACUUUCACAGUUUAUUGUAAAACAUAUUAUUUUUCAUAAUGAAAGGCUACAAAGUGUUUUGUGCGUCACAAAAUAGUGUAAAUAAAGACUAGAAUUCAUUUUAAGUUAAGUUGCAUAUAAAGUCACACAACCAAUUAUUUACCCUAAAAAAAUAUUAGGAUUAAUCUUUUAGUUUUGUCAAUAAGACCAAAAAAUAUUGUAAAUAUGUUAUUGUCGUUUUCAUCACACAUUCUGUAAUUUAUUUGUAACAAAAUACAAUGGACUAUACUGUUUCAGUGGGAGUCAAGUUUUGUUAAGUAUGGAUUUUUUGUAAAAUAAAUUGAAUUAGUAUUUUUAUUUA